GUUGAAUGGCUCCCAAUGAGAAGCACUGAAAGAACCAGACUGUCUUUAGCCAAAGAAAAGAAAACAAUGCCACGAAUUUGACCCACGGAAGAUUUAAAAUUUCUACCACAGUGAGCUCCUGUCAUGUAGACCGGACCUGAUUGUCACUAUGGAUGAAAGCAGCCUGGAAGAAGCCAUCAAGACCUACAACGCUCAGCUUCAGCAGGUGGAUCUGGCGUUAGCUGCUGGUCUGGGUUCUGCUGAGCAAGCUGACCUGCUGAAGCUCAAGGAAGAUCUGCACCAACUCAUUGAAUUAACAGAGUCCAGUCUAGUGUCUGUGAAAAAAAGCCAGCUGCUGGCUUCCUUAGAGGAACCCUCAAGGAACCAAAAUGUAAUGUCAGUUACUGAAGAAACGAUUCAAGAAAACAGUUUGGAGAAUGAAUUUGCAGCUUUCUAUGCUGAACUGUCAGACAACACUGCUGAGGUCAGACAAAAUGCUAAACCUGAUGAUGAAGAUGAGGAACAAGAAGAGAACCAGUCUGAACCAGAUGAAGAGGAGGAUUUAAGCGGAACAAAAGUGUGUGCACCCUACCGUACCUCUUGGGGAACCCUAGAGUACCACAAUGCCAUGGUGGUUUGCCCUGAGGAGCCAGAAGGGGAAGAGGCCCUAGUCCGGGUGCUUUACCUCCAUCCCACAAACAAAUCCAUGAAACCCUGUGGAUUCUACCUUGAGGGCAAGUGCCGUUUCAUGGACAACUGCAGGUACUCUCAUGGUGAGGUAGUGUGUGUAUCAGAACUAAGGGACUUUGUGGAGGCAGAUAUUAGUAACAUGGAGUCCGGCUCCACAUGUUUGGCCAAGCAUGAAGAUGGCAUCUGGUACCCGGCCAGAAUAUCAGAGAUUGAAGGUGGUUUUUACACAGUGAAAUUUGACUCGCUGCUGCUGAAGGAGGCUGUGCUGGAAGCUGAUGGGAUCAUCCCUCCUCUACGUCAGGAAGUGUAUUCCUCCUCCUCCUCCUCAGACUCUGAGGAUGAUCCUGACCAGCUUUAUGUUUUUACUUCAUCUAGAGAGGAGGAUAUGACCAAGGUAAACAGUGAAGAGUUUUGUGGUUGGGAGGCUCACACACGUGGCAUUGGCUCAAAGCUCUUGCUGAAAAUGGGUUAUGAACUUGGGAAAGGCUUGGGGAAAACACUGUCUGGUCGUGUAGAGCCAGUUCAAGCAGUGGCUCUUCCUAAAGACAGCUCGUUGAACCAGUGUGCUGAGUUCACUAAGAAAAAGACUGCAGCUGCAAUUGCCAAGAAAAACCCAUCCUCUCAUAAACCGAAGGCUAAAAAGACAAAAAUCUCCACAUCAACACGUCAUAAUGUUUUUGAUUUUCUGAACUCUAAGCUUGGUGGUAAUGCUCAGCCUGCAUCACAUUCAAGCUCAUCAGUCACUGGUGCAGAGGCCUACAGGGGCGGAAAGAGCACCAAACGCUCCCUGAAUGUUCGUUUCUUCCAAGCCACAGAAAAAGUAGCUCAGGUGGAGAGAGAAAUCAAAAGGCUCACAGAGUCUCUCAGUAGACGAAAUGGAAGGGAUGCUACAGUGGUCAGUCGAAUAGAGGAGAAACUCAGUGCCUCUCGCAAUUUGCUGGAGCAGUUGAAGGCUCAGGAGCUGUCCAUCCAGAGAGAACAGAAAAAAGCAGACGCACAUAAGAAAAUGACUGAAUUCUGAGAAAAUAUAUUAAACUUCUGUCAUUUUUUUACACUGUUAUAAUGUUACUGGGGAUUUUAGUUUUGUAUAUUUUACCAGUAGAUGACAGUUAUCUAUACCAGUUGUGUUAAAAUUAAA